AGGAGAUGUAAAAAAUGGCUGCCUUGCAUUCUCCUACUCAGGUGGCAGGGAACCACAGCGCUAUAUACGAAGCGUAUUAUCACCAGGUGGACCCAAACGCGACGGGCGCGAUACAGGCGCCUGACGCCGCCCGCUUCCUGAAGAAGUCGCGUCUCAGCGACGUAGUGCUGUCAAAGAUAUGGGACCUGUCCGACCCCAAUGGCAAGGGGUACCUCGACAAGACGGGGCUCUUCGUGGCAUUGAAGCUGGUGGCGCUUGCGCAGGCCGGGCGAGACAUCAACAUGAGCAACAUUCACGCGGACACGCCGCCGCCCAAAGUGGGCGAGCUGCCUCGCGUCCCCGCGCAGGGCCCCCCGCGCCCCGCGGCGCCGUCCCCCGCGCCCGCCGUCUCCGACUGGUCCAUCAAGCCGAACGAGCGAGACAAGUACAACGCGCUGUUCGACUCGCUCCAGCCUAGUAACGGACUCAUCGCUGGCAACAAGGUGAAGGGAGUGUUGAUGGAAUCUAAGCUGCCGCUGGAUACCCUCGGCAAGAUCUGGGAUCUGGCGGACCAGGAUCGCGACGGCAUGCUGGAUCGUCAUGAAUUCCUAGUGGCGAUGCACCUAGUGUACAAAGCUCUGGAGAAGCACGCCGUCCCCACGACACUCCCGCCCGAGCUGCGCGCGCGGCCCGCGCGGCCCCCUCGCCCCCCGUCGCGGCCCCCCUCCCGCCCGCCGUCGCCGGGGCGGCCGGCGCUGCCGCCGACGGCUCACGUGCCGCCCAGACCGCCGCCGGCGCAAAGCAAUGCUAGUCUGCUGGAGGGACUGUUGGAUUUAUCUAGUCCGCCAUCAUCGCAACCGCCUCUCAUCGCGCCCCUCUCCGCGGCGGGCCCCCCGCUCGCGCCGCUCGGGGCCCCCCUCUCGGCGCCUUCAGCCUGGGUAGUGACGCCGGCAGAAAAGGCGGCUUCAGACGCGCAGUUCGCGGCAGCCGAUGCGGAUAGAGACGGGCUCGUGUCGGGGCUCGAGAUCAAACACGUGUUCCUGGAGUCCGGGCUGCCGCAGCAGACGCUAGCUCAUAUAUGGGCGCUCUGCGACAUAGAAGGUGUGGGCAAGCUGAAUCGCGGGCAGUUCGCGCUCGCCAUGUGGCUUGUGAAGAGGGCUUUAAGGGGCGAGGCCCCGCCACAGCACCUGGCCCCCAACAUGAGGCCCCCUCCCGAGGCCGCUGCGCCACAGCCAGUAGAAGCGCCCACAUUAGGCCCGCAGCCCACACCAGAGAUGGAAGCCAUCGCGCGCGAGGUGGACGCGCUAGCACGAGAGAGACUCGCCCUGGAGGCCGAGAUCUCCUCCCGGAGCCGCGAGCUGGCCGCCAGCACACAAGAGUCCACCGGCCUCCAGAGUGAAUUGGAUACGUUGACAGCGACGCUGAAACAGUUAGAGAACCAAAAAGGAGAGGCGCAGAAGAGGUUAAACGAUCUCAAAGCACAGGUUGAAAAGCUAAGGUCCCAAGUAGCAGCUCAAGAGGCCGCCGCCAACGAGACCUCGGCCGAGGUGGCCGCCCGGCGCCAGGCCGCCAACAGCCUGCGCGAGCGAGAGAGCAUGCUGCAGGACGAGCUGGAGCGAGCGAGACAGCAGGCCGACGCGCUCACGCACACACACAGCCGCACCGUGCUGCAGAUCAGCCAGGUAUGCGGGCUAGAGCGAGAGAGCAUGCUGCAGGACGAGCUGGAGCGAGCGAGACAGCAGGCCGACGCGCUCACGCACACACACAGCCGCACCGUGCUGCAAAUCAGCCAGGCAAACAUAAAGCUAACCCACCUGGAGGAGCAGCUGCGCUUGAUCUCGGAGGGGGCGGAGGCGCUGGCGGCGGGCGGCGCGGCGGCGCAGGCGGCGCUCGCGCUCCGGCCCGCCAUCGACCAGCACAGUCUGGACCGGCUAGUGGGCGCUGGAGAGGUAAUACAGCUGCGCUUGAUCUCGGAGGGGGCGGAGGCGCUGGCGGCGGGCGGCGCGGCGGCGCAGGCGGCGCUCGCGCUCCGGCCCGCCAUCGACCAGCACAGUCUGGACCGGCUAGUGGGCGCUGGAGAGCUGCGCUUGAUCUCGGAGGGGGCGGAGGCGCUGGCGGCGGGCGGCGCGGCGGCGCAGGCGGCGCUCGCGCUCCGGCCCGCCAUCGACCAGCACAGUCUGGACCGGCUAGUGGGCGCUGGAGAGCUGCGCUUGAUCUCGGAGGGGGCGGAGGCGCUGGCGGCGGGCGGCGCGGCGGCGCAGGCGGCGCUCGCGCUCCGGCCCGCCAUCGACCAGCACAGUCUGGACCGGCUAGUGGGCGCUGGAGAGCUGCGCUUGAUCUCGGAGGGGGCGGAGGCGCUGGCGGCGGGCGGCGCGGCGGCGCAGGCGGCGCUCGCGCUCCGGCCCGCCAUCGACCAGCACAGUCUGGACCGGCUAGUGGGCGCUGGAGAGCUAACCCACCUGGAGGAGCAGCUGCGCUUGAUCUCGGAGGGGGCGGAGGCGCUGGCGGCGGGCGGCGCGGCGGCGCAGGCGGCGCUCGCGCUCCGGCCCGCCAUCGACCAGCACAGUCUGGACCGGCUAGUGGGCGCUGGAGAGGAGGAAGAGCCAGCCAGCAAAGGAUUCUCGGACAUGAACGGCGGUUUCUCAGACCCGUUCAAGGACGACGCCUUCUCUGCGGCCCCCGCCGCCACCGCCAACAACCACGACCCUUUCGCGCCCAAAUCCGGUGCUACCUCCGCACAGGACGGCUUCGGGCGGGACCCGUUCGCGUCGUCUGGCGGCGACCCGUUCGCCGGCGACGCGUUCUCCAACACCGACAAUAAGCAACCCGUUGAUACGGCGUGGGAGGCGGACCCGUUCGCGGUGCUGCACGCGCCCACGCGCGCGUCGCCGACGCCCUCGCUGCCGCCCAAGCGACACAAGACGCCGCCGCCGCGCCCCGCGCCGCCGCGCCCCACCCCGCCCGGCAAGACUGGCAUGGACUUCGCCGAGGACCCCUUCAAAGACUACCGCUACGAAGACCCCUUCAAUAUCGAAGAUCCUUUCAAAGACGCCACAGACAAUAAGGACCCCUUCGCGCGCAGCAGCUCCGCAGCCAUCUUCCAACCUGAUGACUUCUUCGGUGGCAACCUCAACGGAUUCCCUAAACCUGAGCGGAGCGGUAGAGUCUCCGCUCCACCUGUCACUAGUGAUCCCUUCUCAAGGUCAGUCACUAAAUCCACACCCACAGCUCCCAGUGACGACAAUUGGGGCUGGAAAGACGACUGGGCAACAGACGACGCUUGGGCCAAACCAGCCACCUCCAACGACGCGUGGAACGACAGCAAAAAAUCGGACUGGCCAGAUUCCACACGGAAAACUGACAACUGGGCCAGCAAGACCGACAACUGGGCCAAUAAAACCGAUAACUGGGCUAAAAACGAUUGGGCGGCCGAUUUUAGCGAUCAAAAUAAGAAUCUAAAUGAAACCUGGCCGAACACAUUGCCUAAGAAAGAAAAGUCUCCUAAACCUGUUAAAUAUGCUAAAAGCCUAGUCCAUACUAUAGGUGGGAUCGGUCGUAAGCAGAAGAAGCGAGGUAAGGAAGAACAACAACAACAACAACAACGGGGUGUGACGCCGAGCGAGGAGCAGCAAUGGGCGUGGGCGGCAGCGGAGUCGGCUAGAUUAGCGGAGGAGGCAGAACGCCGUCGUAGGCAAGAAGACGCGGAGUUACAGCGCGUGCUGGCGAUAUCGCGGCAGGACAAGUGAGGGUCGCUGGAAGCUUGUUGCAUAUGAGGAAUAUGACUCCCCGCGAGAAGGCGCGCGACAAAUGAAACUGAGAAUAUCAUGCACAUGAUUAACUUUACGCCAGCUUCCCAAAGUCUCCCUGAAUGUGGAGAAUAUGCCGGAAUGAAAUUUCUAUAAAGCAGCUACUUAGUUCGUGCUGUUACGUGAAAACGGUUUUAAAAGACCUUAAUUUCCUGUUUUUUUUAAUGAAUUCGUAAGGAUCAGCGUUUACAGAUUUUAGAUGUAUGUAUCUAAAAUCUGUAAACGCUGUUUCUAGUUAAAACCAUACAGGGAAUGGUCACGAAUUUAGUGGCUAUACAUAUAAUUUGAUCACUAA